AAAAGAUUUAAAAAAGCGCCACCGAAUAUCCGAUAAAAGACCAUUAUUCGAAUUAUCACUUUUACAAAUACAAGGUUACGCGGCUGUGUUGAUCAGUUGAUUUGAUGUCAGUGGAGGCUAUGGUACAUGGUAGGUAGUAGGCGAAUUCCAUCCAGUAACAACGCAACGACCACACCAUGAACACCUUAUUCAAAGUAACAAACAAAAUUUCGGCCAAUGGCCAAGCAGUUCGACAUAUUUUCAGCGGCGUGAAAAAACUCCAACAAACACAAGAACAAGUGGACGCCGCGGAGGCCACAAACACGCGUCUGCCGCUGACCACCCUCAGCGAAGAUGAACAAGCCAUGAAAGAAACAGUCGCUAGAUUGGCGCAGGAACAAAUCGCCCCACAUGUUCGAGAAAUGGACAACGACGGGAAAUUUAAACCGUCCAUCAUCGAUCUUCUUUUCCAAAACGGGUUGAUGGGUGUUCAAAUUGACACGGAAUACGGCGGCGCUGGGUGUAAUUUUAUGACGACUAUUCUAACAGUGGAAGAAAUUUCGAAAGUUGAUCCAUCGCUGGGGAUUUUGGUCGAUCUUCAAAAUACGCUGAUUAAUAAUGUGGUUAUUCAGUUGGGUAACGAAGAACAGAAGAAGAAAUAUUUGCCACGACUUGCAGCUGAUACGGUGAGCAGUUUCGCUCUAACCGAACCAUCUUCAGGAUCAGACGCCUUCAGUUUGAAAACCACCGCGAAAAAAGAUGGCAGUGAUUACAUCAUCAACGGCUCCAAAAUGUGGAUUUCGAAUUCGGAUUUGGCGGGAAUAUUCCUGGUCAUGGCAAACGCCAACCCUUCGGCGGGUUAUAAGGGCAUCACGUGCUUCAUAGUGGAAAGGGACACCCCUGGCUUCACUAUCAACAGACCUGAGAAAAAACUGGGAAUCGCAGCCUCCGGGACGUGCAUGUUGACCUUCGAUAAUGUCAGAGUACCAGAGUCGAACAUCUUGGGGGAAUUCGGGAAAGGGUACAAGUACGCUAUUGAGUUCUUGAACGAAGGGCGCAUAGGAAUCGGGGCUCAGAUGAUUGGGUUGGCACAAGGGUGUUUCGAUGCGACUAUUCCAUACACCAUGGAGAGGGCCCAGUUUGGAAAACCGAUCUUUAGUUUCCAGAGUAUGCAGCACCAAAUAGCCGAAGUGGCCACCGAAAUCGAAGCCGCUAGGCUUAUGGUGUACAACGCAGCCAGGUUGCUGGAAAGGGGCGAACCUGUGCUGAAGGAAGGCGCUAUGGCGAAGUGGUACGCCGCAGAUGUGGCCCAAAGAGCUUGUGUUAAAUGUAUCGACUGGAUGGGCGGAGUCGGCUUCAGCAAAGACUUUAUUCAAGAGAAGUUCUACAGGGAUGUAAAGAUUGGUAGCAUCUACGAAGGGACGUAUAAUAUUCAGCUGAGUACGAUCGCCAAGCAGAUUGAGAGAGAGUAUAAGAACUGAGGGAUGGGGUGCUGAAGAUGUAUUUUUAUAUGAGUUUGUAUUAAAUAAAGCGAACUUAUUUGGUAAA